AAUGUAUCUGUGAUGGUUCCUGAAUGGAAGAUACCUUUGCCAGUGAUUACACCAAUGCGCGAAGUAUCGAUUCUUAAGGAUCUUAGUCAUAUUAAGAUUCCCGCCGGUUCAUUCUGUGCUAUAAUGGGUACUAGUGGAUCGGGUAAGACCACCUUGCUAAACACACUCGCUGGAAGAUGCGAGGAUCUCACCGUGAAAGGUGACAUCCUGUUCAAUGGCCAUGCCGUCACUGCCAAGGAGGCAAAACAAUCGGUCGGAUACGUCAUGCAGUCCGACCAUCUAUUGCCCUUCCUCACCGUGCGUGAGACCCUACGCUACUCUGGUCUGCUGCGUCUUCCAGGCACGCUGAGCAAGGAGCGAAAGCUACAGAUCGUCGAGGAUCUCAUUGCCGAGCUGGCGUUACGUGACUGUGCCGAUCGCAUCGUUGGUGGCCACGGCAAGCGUGGAAUAUCCGGUGGUGAGAUGCGUCGUGUGUCCAUUGGUGUGCAGAUGUUGUCGAACCCCGGUGUACUCUUCUUGGACGAGCCUACAAGUGGUCUGGACAGCUUCACCGCCCACAACCUGGUUCAGACACUGCUGUCUCUGUCACGUCAACAAAAGACAAUCAUCUGUACGAUCCAUCAGCCUCGUCCAGACAUCUUCCAGAUGUUUGACUAUGUGCUGCUGUUGUCAAAGGGUCGUGUCGUCUACUUUGGCCCAACCAAGACCAUUGUCGAGCACUUUGCCUCACUUGGACACAUAUGUCCUGACGAUGUCAACCCAUCAGACUUCUUCCUGGACCUCAUCACAAUCAACUACCAAGACGAUGACGUGCAGAAUGAGUCCACAUUGCGACUGGAAGCACUCCUACAGGGCUUCCAAGCAUCACCCACCUACCGCAGCAACAUGGACGACAUGGCUUCAAACGGAGAGGAUGAGACCCGCACCUUCUCUAUCCCCAAGCGUAAUACCAAUGUGAUUCUUCACUCUUGGUUACUGUAUCACCGAUCGAUGCUCAACAUGGUUCGCGACAAGACCAUCGUAAUGUCGCGUCUCAUCGAGACUGUGCUCGUUUCGUUGAUCAUUGGUGGCAUGUUCUACCAACUCGGUGAGGACCUCAGUGGUAUCAAGAGUCGUGUGUCAGCCUUCUACGUCGUGGUCAUCCUUCAACCCUAUCUAAUCAUCAUUGCCAACAUCCUACAAUACUCUGAAGAGCUACUAGUGUAUGACCGAGAGUACUAUGAUGGCACUUAUCAGACACUGCCAUACUGGCUGGCGACCAAAGCCGCCACUCUUCCAUUCGAGGUGGUUACUUCAUUCAUCUUCUCGUGUAUUUUCUACUGGAUGGCCAACCUGCGUCCAUCAUUCGAACACUUCCUCAUCUUCUUUGUCUUUAUGAUGCUGGCACAGUACUGCUCCGCCUCUCUUGGCUUUCUUGCCGCGUGUCUCCUGCGAUCCUUUGCCGCAUCCUCCCUGAUGGCCAAUCUGCUGAUGACAUUCUGGGCCAUCACUACCGGCUUCAUCAUCAACCCAGCCACCUUCCCAAUCUACAUGACAUGGAUCGGCUACACAUCGCUUUACCAGUACAGCUACGGUGGUCUGGCGGCCAACGAGUUCCGUGGCAAUCAGUAUCCGUGUCCACUGCCGCCAGGUUCACCCGAGUGUGUUUUGUACAAUGGUGAUGACAUCCUCAAGAGACUAGAGCUCAAGGUCAACGACAUCCCGAUGAAUGGCUUAGCCUUGGUGAUCAUAUCCACAGUUUUCAACGUUGGAUCAUUGCUUGCACUCAGAUUUGUCAAUCACAGACCC